AUGGGAAAGCGAAAGUCAUCCUCCAGGAAGCCCAUGGGGCCGAAAAGGGCUGAUCCCUUGCCAACCACGUUCACAUGCCUCUUCUGCAACCACGAGAAGUCAGUCACUGUCAAGCUGGACAAGAGAGCCGGUGUUGGUCAGCUAGACUGCCGCAUCUGUGGGCAGAAGUUCCAGUGUGCCGUCAAUUAUCUCUCGGCCGCGGUUGACGUCUACGGAGAAUGGGUUGAUGCUGCCGAGGCUGUUGCGAAACAAGACGCUGGAGAGGGCAACACCGCCAAAUCAUUCGGCGCUCGAAGGCCCUUGGAGAAAUCUACCGUUGACGAGCACGAAGAAAGCGACCUGCACGAUGACUAUUGA